GUUUGUUCCCAGUAUGAUUUUUACAGCAUGUAAAGCUUCAUAACAAUGUUUGUGGACUGUUGCGUUGACUCAACAUCACAGGCAUUCAAUUUUUUCAACUUGCUCACUCCCUUGAACAUGGAAUAUACUUCUAUCAGUAGCUUACAAUUUCUUUUUGUCUUUGCAACAUGUUUGAACCACUGAACCAAAUGUGAACCAAUAGCAGCACUGGAUACAAUUAGUCUCAGUUUGAACGUUGACCUCUUUUUUUCCCUCUGAAUUUCACAAUGCUCGUGUUGUGAAGAGGAGACUUGUGCUGGAUUCUCCCUCAGCUCACAACUGGAGCGAACAGAAGAGAAGACAGUGAUCUUGGACAGCGGGUCAGAUUUAGUUGCUGCAGAGGGAGAACCAGUUUCACCCGAGGCAGAAAUGAAGAGAGCCGCGUCGUUCCUGAUCACCGUCUACGCCUCAGUGCCCGUCGUCCUCCACCUGUUCCCCUGGAUACUGGGCCACGCCAUAUUUGCUCACUUGUUGCGCCUUCCAUUCUUCGUGGACCUCGACAGACCUGAAGAUGUCCUGAACCACACGUGCAACUUCUACCUCGGCACAGAGGAGGGCGUCUCAGUGGGAGUAUGGCAUACUCUCCCCGCCAGCAAAUGGGAGGAGGCCGCGGGGAAAAGCCCUGAGUGGUACCGGGGGACCCUGGGAGACGGCCAUCCUGUUGUUAUCUAUCUCCAUGGAAACGUAGGAACCAGGGCGCUACACCACAGAGUAGAGCUGGUGAAGAUCUUAAGUGCAGCAGGGUAUCACGUCUUAUCUUUAGACUACAGAGGUUUUGGAGACUCCAGUGGGGAGCCAAGUGAAGCGGGAAUGACCAGCGACGCCCUCUACCUGUACAAGUGGGCAAAGACACAGAGCAAGGGGAGCCUCGUCUGUUUGUGGGGACACUCACUUGGCUCCGGCGUGGCAACCAACGCUGCCUUCGAACUACAAUUAAGAGGGUCUCCUGUUGAAGCUAUAAUCCUUGAAUCUCCCUACACGCGAAUCGGAGAGGUCGUAGUCAUUCAUCCGCUUGCGAAGAUGUACAUGUUCCUUCCAGGAUUUGAUAGCCUGCUCUGGAACAUACUGGACAAGAACCGCAUAGAGUUUCCAAAUGACAAAAAUUUAAAGUUCUUGACCUGUCCGCUUCUUAUACUGCACGCAGAGGACGACAACGUGGUGCCUCAUCACAUGGGUCUGACGGUCUUCCCCCUCCAGCUGUACCAGACAUCGCUCCAGGCUCGGAAACAACACAACACAGAGGAUCAGGUUGAAAUGAUCUCCUACAGCGCAAAUCUCGGAUUCUCCCACAGCAACAUCUACUUGGAUCCUAAUCUGCCCAAUGUGGUUCGGGGAUUUCUACAAAAGCGGCGGCAGUAAUGCGACCAGAGAGAAGUGCAUCAUUAGUUUCUUCUGUACUGAUUUGUUUUUUUGCCACAAGUGGAGACUGUAAUAAAAGCAAUUGAAUGAUA